AUGACCAAGGAUGCGAGAGCAUUCACAUCGCGCCAGUAUGAAUCUGGCGCCUCCAUUGCUCUGGUCGGACUGCGAGGCGUAGGGAAGCGGUCGCUCGGGUUCAUCGCCGCUGCCCACCUUCAGCGACGCUUUGUGAGCGAAGGGCUUUACUUUGAACAUGUCACAGGGGCUAAGAAGUCGGCCUAUAUCAGUCUUCAUGGCCAGGAUGAAUUUCACCGCCGCAGCGACGAUGUACUGGAGCAGAUGCUAGCCAAAUACAGCCAAGAUUGCGUCCUAGAUUGCGGCAUAGCUACUUUGACUGCUAACGGCCGUGCAAUUCUGCGGCACUUUGCUCAAACCCACCCCGUUGUGCAUAUCACUCGCGACUUCGACCACAUCCCAGGUAUUGCAUCUCUCACACCUGCCCAGAAGUUGCAACUCCAACAAUGCGAUCUUCGCCAUCGCAGUUGCUCGAAUUUCGAGUAUUUCAACCUGGAGGACGUCAAUGCGAAAAGAGGUCAGUCACAAGGUACCUCUCCUGACGCCGCGACGACCUUGAGGAGGACUAAAGAGGACAUUCAGAAUUUUGUCGAUUUCAUUACUGGACAACAACGGUUCCCAGGCUCUGGUCCAUUUUCUCUCUCGGCCGUCCCCAUCGAGUCCAGACGGCAGUCAUUCGUUACUUCAGGCAGCUUGAGUGCUUUCUCGAGGGCGGUCGAUCUAGAGGUUCAACAAGAUUCAGGGGAGGACGCCUUCGAGUUGGUCGUGGACACGCUGCAUGAGAGCAGCACAUCUCACCUCGCGGGAACAAUAGCUAGACUGCGAAGAGGUCUCAAAGUUCCUAUCAUUCUUUCUUUGUCGACAACGCCAAUCACAGGCGAGCAAACAGUUGAUGAAGUUUUCAACUUACUGCAAGUUCUUCUCCGGCAUGGCGUCGAGUAUUUGACAGUACCGGUGAGCAUUGACGACAGUCAUCUGCGUGCGCUAGUUGCGAACAGAGGUGCGACUAAGCUCAUAGGUACGGUGCAUAUUGACACGUCGGCCCCAGGUGCGUGGUCAGAUCCCGGACGAAAUAACAUCUGUCAACGUGCUCAGCAACUUGAGCUUGACGCGGUCAGAUUGACACAGCCUGCUGUGAAUCAUCAAGACAAUGACGAUUUAUACAACUUUCUCACGCAUAUUAGGCAUACAACCGACAUCAUAGUCACUGCUCAUAACACCGGCCUUUUAGGACGUUCGUCUCGGAUAUCGUGCCGCACAAUGACUCCUGUCCGCCAAUUUUCACAAGCGUCGCUAGCCUUUUCCGAGCUCGAUCCUGAAAGCCAAGUGACAAUUGCCGAUAUUAACUCGGCAUUGUUCGCUUCUUUUAAGAUGGAUCCGCUUCGCUUCUAUAUCUUGGGCGAGUCGGUCUCUUAUAGUUGUUCGCCGCCAAUGUACAAUGCUGCCUUCGAGCUCUACGGUCUACGACACACCUUCGACCACAAGGACGUCGCCGCUUUCGAACAGCUACUAGAAACUGCCAGUGCGGCAUCCUUCGGUGGCUCUGCUAUCAGUUUCCCCUUCAAGGAGCAGGCAUACCGUGCAUGUACUGCCACGAGUCCGCAUGCGUCCAUCAUCGGCUCAGUGAAUACGAUCAUCCCUUUGAGAAGCGGUGUUGGCCCGGCUCUAGGAGAGCAUGCCGAGAAUCGCAACCGAGCUGGCCAGGUGUCUGGCCUCUAUGGAGACAACAGCGACUGGUACAGCAUCUUCAUCAAUGUGUGGAACAAGCUUUCCCCGCACAACGCUGCUCGCCUUGACAGGGCGACCGCUCUAUUGCUCGGCGCCGGAGGAUCUGCACGCUCGGCUCUGUACGCCUUGUUGCAACUCGGGAUCGGUGAAGUUUGUGUGCUAAAUCGGACACGCGAGCGAGCUGCAGAUAUGACCAAGCAUUUCCAAGAGUGGUGCGACAGGACUAACAAGCGUCGAAGAUCAUCGUACUGGAUCAUAAUCACGAGUGGGCUGGGUCUGAAGCCCCAACCGUUAUCGUCAACUGCCUCCCACCAGAUGUGCGGGUGGCAAAUCACGAACCUUGGCAAGAGAGUGGACAGCUGCCUGUGGAAUGGCUUGAUCACCCGGGUGGUGGCGUUGCAGUGA